UGGAUUCAUUUCUCUAACUGGUGGAGGGUUUGGUUCAGACGAGUGUGUUCGAGUUUUUCUUCGCAUUAAAAAAUAAACACCGCACUGGGGAUUUCCUGAAGACACUGAAACAAGAAGUGAAGAAUCUGGCAACAUGUAUGAGGCCUGUUCCCCUCCUCCCUCUUCAGUCUCUAGCUGUACUCUAGUCUGUCAGCUGUAAUAGAUCCUCAGAGGAGAGCCAGCUGAUCAUGGAGGCUGGAAGGAACAGGAGAGGAUGUUUGUUAAGCGUUGUUCAGAAGGAGCAUCUGAAGCUGGACGACCUGAGAGACAGAGCUCAGGGCUUAGAAAACAAUUAUGUCUUUAAAAAUGACAGAAUCCCAGAAUACCCACGACCAGAGAUCCAUGUGAGCCAUCUGAAACACGACACCGACAGAAAGGGUUUGAUCGGCAUCAAGCUGUUCAGAGGCUUCAGGAACCCGUGGAGAGAAGACCUGGUGUGGUGGGGUCUGUCGGUGGGGAGGGAGGAACUCAGAUCAGCUGAGCAGCGCCUCCUCCAGGAAACAUACCCGGACCGAACAGAGCAGCAGGUCCAGGAUCAGCAGAGCUUCCUGGGGAAGUUUGCCUCUUCGCUGGCCUUCAAGAAGAUCUCCAGGCUGGGAUCGUACCGCUUCACCUUCCCCCUUCAGGAGCUGCUGGAGGCCUACAGUCGGCAGUUUUGCGGCGGUGAGCAGCCCCUCAUGCGGGUGUAUGAGACCCACCUGUACAAACAGGAAGUGAUGUAUGUGGUGCUGGUCCACAGUCCGGCCAAUCAGGAGCAGUUCUCAGAAUAUCCUCUUCUGACCGACGACCCAAACGCUGUCUGCUGCUACAGAGAUGGCCGCUUCAUCUGGAGGCCUGAGGCCAUGUGUGAAACUCACAGAUUCGAGUUGUUCCGGAAUGAUGAGACUCAGCUGAUGGAGGCUCGGCCCUGCAGCCCUCACCAGGUCUAUGUCUGGGAUAAUGUGGGCCUCGCUCUGCAUGUGGAGGACAAGCUGCUGGAGUUCGAUCCGCUCCGACUGAGAGAGAAACUGAAGUUCUGCAAAGGAGAAAAACUUAUCCACGUUCCAGUCGAGUUUGAUGACUUCCCGUUAGCCGAGGCGACUGUUCGCAGAUUUUGGCCUGAAGACCCGUCCCCACUGGAGAGAGAUGAAGAGCAGGAUGUUAAUAAAGCAGUGAUUAAUCAGAGUUUAGAUAAGCACAUCCUGUAAACUGUAAAGCACAAUUAUUAAAAAUAUGAUUUAUGUA